AGCGGCUCCUCGCCGAGGUGCACUCGCGCUCCGGGCUCCGGGCGCGCCGGAGCCGCUCCUCCACCGCCGCCCGCCCCGCCCGCCUGCCCCGCACGCCCCCCGCGCCGCGCCCCCACCCCGGGGUUGGGGGGGCAUGGGCCCGCGCCGCGUCCGCCGCCGCCGAUCGCAGGCACCCGAGCCCCGGGGCGCGGCGGGCAGCGGCCGCUGACGCGGGGCGCCGGCUGCCAACUUCGCGCGCGGAGCUCCCCGGCAGUGCAGUCCCGUCCCGGCGGCGCGGGCGGCAUGAAGACUAGCCGCCGCGGCCGAGCGCUCCUGGCCGUGGCCCUGAACCUGCUGGCGCUGCUGUUCGCCACCACCGCUUUCCUCACCACGCACUGGUGCCAGGGCACGCAGCGGGUCCCCAAGCCGGGCUGCGGCCAGGGUGGGCGCGCCAACUGCCCCAACUCGGGCGCCAACGCCACGGCCAACGGCACCGCCGCCCCCGCCGCCGCCGCCGCCACCGCCUCGGGGAACGGCCCCCCUGGCGGCGCGCUCUACAGCUGGGAGACCGGCGACGACCGCUUCCUCUUCAGGAAUUUCCACACCGGCAUCUGGUACUCGUGCGAGGAGGAGAUCAGCGGGCUUGAGGCAGCCUGGGCUGGAGUGCGUGUUUUGGAGGCAGACAGCCGGGCUGUGGCAGGGCCCAGGGGACAGCUGCCCGACAGUUGGUUGUGCCACACAGCAGGUGAAAAAUGUCGCAGCUUCAUUGACCUGGCCCCAGCGUCGGAGAAAGGGGUCCUGUGGCUGUCUGUGGUCUCCGAGGUGCUGUACAUUCUGCUGCUGGUGGUUGGCUUCAGCCUCAUGUGUCUCGAGCUCUUCCAUUCCAGCAAUGUCAUCGACGGGCUCAAGCUCAAUGCCUUCGCGGCUGUCUUCACGGUGCUCUCAGGCCUUCUGGGAAUGGUCGCCCACAUGAUGUACACGCAGGUGUUCCAGGUCACCGUGAGCCUUGGUCCUGAAGACUGGAGACCCCAUUCCUGGGACUACGGGUGGUCCUUCUGCCUGGCGUGGGGCUCCUUUACCUGCUGCAUGGCAGCCUCUGUCACCACGCUCAACUCCUACACCAAGACGGUCAUUGAGUUCCGGCACAAGCGCAAGGUCUUUGAGCAGGGCUACCGGGAAGAGCCGACCUUCAUAGACCCUGAGGCCAUCAAGUACUUCCGGGAGAGGAUGGAGAAGAGGGACGGGAGCGAGGAGGACUUUCACUUAGACUGCCGCCACGAGAGAUACCCUGCCCGACACCAGCCACACAUGGCGGAUUCCUGGCCCCGGAGCUCUGCACAGGAAGCACCAGAGCUGAACCGACAGUGCUGGGUCUUGGGGCACUGGGUGUGACCAAGACCUCAACCUGGCCCGCGGACCUCAGGCCAUCGCUGGCACCAGCCCCUGCUGCAAGACCACCAGAGUGGUGCCCCCAGAACCCUGGCCUGUGUGCCGUGAACUCAGUCAGCCUGCGUGGGAGACGCCAGGCCUGACCUGCCCAUCACUGCCUGGGUCCCAGGGCCUUGAAAUGGGGCCAGGGCAGGCCCAAGGGAAUGCACGGGGCUGCACAGAGUGACUUUGAGACAGCAGCCCCGGACUCUUGCCAUCGUCACAUGAGGAGCCCUGCUGGGCACAGCUGCGAUGCCAGGAGACACAUGGCCACUGGCCACUGAAUGGCUGGCACCCACAAGCCAGCCAGGUGCCCAGAGGGGCAGAGCCCUAUGCGGGGCAGAGAGUGGCUUCCUGAAGGAGGGGGCAGUGGCUCAGGCACCCCAGGGGUGUCACACAGCAGGCACACAGCAGGGGCUCAAUAAAUGCUUGUUGAACUUGUU